UGAAUACUACAGUUGACUGUACAGGUAACAGUAAGGUGGGUCAGGACGGUCAUGUCAGUUUAGUUCAGUUCUGUUCAAGUUCAAGUUAAACAGAGGAGAUGGAUUCGCUUUGAAAACAUAAAUCUUGUUUAUUCAAAUUAGAAAAAUAUAGACCAAGCAAUAAAAAUACUAGCCUUCUAAGACUUUGCUUACUGUAAAAGGAAUUAAGCUGAAUAUUGUUUGAUACAUUUAAUCAUUACAUUAUUUGCUAACUAAUAUCAAAAUCAAUAUUUACUAAUUGACGGUUAAUAACUAUAAUAUAUAUUCCAAAUUUAAAUGUUGAAAAGUUAUUUCACUUAGGCACGUACAGUAAAAUUUGUUUCUAACAUGAAAAACCCAUUUUGGAUCAACUUUAUUCUAACCAUUCUUCUAGGAACGUGCAUUAACUUAGGUGAGACAUCUGGUGAACCAGAAUGGUCAAACACAUACGUUGUGAAAGGUAUGUUGUACAUUCCAUACGCCGAGCUGAGUGAACCGAUUGCUGCUUGGUACGACUCCAACCUAGGCUCAAGCAGGAUCGACUACUAUGGUGGAAUGGUGAAGACUUAUCAGUUGAGCACUGAGACACAGUUUGGCAUUUCCCGCAAGCUCGCCCCGAUGACAACGGAAACCGAACUGAAUACCAUAAAGUGCUUCCAAGUUAAUGGCACCCAGAAAGACAAGAUUAGGAUACAGAGUGUUUUGCCUGAUCUUACUGGCUUUGAGAUGGUAGGUCAGGAGAUGAUCAACGGACUGAUGACAGACAAGUGGAGGAAGAUUGACAACAAGGGUGAGAAAGUCAACAAAUACACAAUGUAUCUGCGCUGGAAGAAAUCUCCAAAGGCGCCUAAGGUCCAGAUUCCUAUCCCAGUCCGUUAUGAGAUGAAGGGUUACAAUUCGCUGCUGGGUUCCCAUUACGACCAUUACUAUCUUAAUUACGAUGAGUUCAGCUGGGACACUCCCCCUGCAGAUGUGUUCGAUGUCAAGCCACAGAUGGAAUGUGGUUCAUUUCCCGGCCCUGGAGCUGAUCACAUUUACAACUUCAACCCUAUGGCAGAGUUUGUGGACAAUGCAAGUGACCAUGUGGACAGUGCCUGGGAACAGUACAAACGUACUCAUAACAAGGAGUAUAAGCCGGAACACAUUACACGGCGCAAGGACACAUUCCGUCAGAACAUGAGGCUGAUAGCUUCUCACAACCGAGCCAAUAUGGGCUACACAUUGGCAGUGAACCACCUGGCGGACCACACAGCUGAGGAGCUGAAGGUGCUGAGGGGUCGCCAGCACAGCUCAGGAUAUAAUGGCGGUCUGCCCUUUCCCUAUGACACCAAGAAUCUGACAAAUUCACUACCUGACCAGUUUGACUGGAGGAUAUAUGGGGCUGUUACUCCUGUCAAAGACCAGUCGGUGUGUGGGUCCUGCUGGAGUUUUGGCACCACUGGCCAUAUAGAAGGUGCUUACUUUGUUAAGACUGGUCACCUUGUGCGGCUCUCACAACAGGCAUUGGUAGACUGUAGCUGGGGGGAAGGGAACAAUGGCUGUGAUGGAGGGGAGGACUUCAGGGCCUACCAGUGGAUGAUGAAACAUGGAGGACUACCCUUGGAGGCAGACUAUGGCAACUAUCUGGGUCAGGAUGGUUACUGCCACAUCAAUGGUACACCCACAGUGGCUGCUAUAAUGGGCUAUGUCAAUGUCACUUCCAAUGAUCCUGAGGCACUCAAAGUGGCUCUGCUCAAGCAUGGCCCGAUCUCCGUCGCCAUCGACGCCUCCAACCCCACUUUCACUUUCUACGCCAAUGGAAUCUAUAACGAGAAGAAUUGCAGAAACGACCCUGAUGGUCUGGACCAUGCAGUUUUGCUGGUCGGUUACGGCAAGAUUGGUGAACACGAUUACUGGCUUAUAAAGAACUCCUGGUCCAACUACUGGGGCAAUGACGGUUACGUGCUGAUGGAUCCAGUGGACAACAAUUGCGGUGUCAUGACAACCCCUACCUACGUCCUCAUGUAGACAUUUUAGACUUAGCGAUUAGUUAAAUUAACUCCCUUUGUUGGUAUCUUACUUUAACUUGAAUCAUGUGAUAUGAAAGACUAAUAAAUAUUUUUAGACAA